AUGUCACAGCAACCCAUUUUCGGGGUAGAGCGAGUAGAAGUGAAAGACAUCAGGCUACCUCAGCAACUCACUCGAGCAAUGGCUGCAGAAGCUGAAGCAGCAAGAGAAGCCCGAGCAAAGGUAGUCGCAGCAGAAGGAGAACAAAAAGCUUCACGCGCUCUGAAAGAAGCAGCGGACGUCAUUCAGGCGAAUCCAGUCGCUUUACAGCUGAGACACCUACAAGCGCUCAAUAGCAUUGCAGCUGAGCACAACUCAACCAUUGUAUUUCCAGUGCCAGUUGAAAUGUUUGGUGCUUUCAUGAAGAAAGACAACUGA